AUGGCUGCCGGAAGCCUAGUCGUCGUGCCCAUGAGCGAAUCACUCGGCCGGCGACCGCUCUACAUCGCAUCCAUGGCAGCGUUUCUGGCACUCGUCUUGUCGAGCGCUCUGGCUGAGAGUAUCGCGACCGUUAUCGCCACUCGGCUUUUCGGAGGGUUCUUUGGUAGCACCAUGAUGUCGAACUCGCCCGCUACCGUCAACGACAUCGUUUCAGACAAGCACCGCGCACUUGCUUUAGGUGUGAUCUUUGUCUUAUUAGCCUCUGUGAAAGAGACGUACGCUCCCGUGUUGCUGAAGAGACGAGCCGCCGAAAAGUCCAAGGCAACCGGAGACGAUAGAUGGUGGACGCGCUACGAUCAUGGGCAAGAGCUCUGGCCAUUGCUAAAGAUCAAUCUAUACCGCCCACUCAAGAUGAUGUGCACCGAGCCGAUCUGCAUGUUUUGUAACACAUACAUCGACAUUGUUUGCGUGACUCUCUAUCUCUGCUUCGUCGCUUAUCCGAUUGCAUUUCAGCAGAACCGGGGCUGGGCGCCAGGGAUCGGCGGACUGGCGUUUCUGGGGAUUGGAUGUGGCAUUCUCAUUCCCAUUGCGGCAGAGCCUCUUCUUCGCCGCAUCGUCAACCUUCAUCAAAAAGACCCGGCCACGGGCAAUGUCAAGCCCGAAGCCAGAGUCAGCAUCGAAUGCAUAGGUGCCGUCCUGUUAGCAGUUGGCCAAUUUUGGUUCGCCUGGACAUGCCGACCUGGAACACACUGGAUCGUUCCCAUUCUUGCUGGUGUUCCAUACGGUGCCGGAAACGCUUACACUCUCAUCUACGCAGACAACUACAUGGCUCAGUCCUAUGGCAUCUACGCAGCAUCAGCGUUAGCAGGGAACAUGGUGCUCAGAAGCAUAAUGGGCGCGUGUCUGCCGCUUGCCGGGCCAUCAAUGUAUAGGACGCUGGGACUGAGUUGGGCUGGGACAUUGCUGGGUCUUGUUGAGAUAUUAUGCGUCUCUGUUCCGGUAGCCUUCUACACUUAUGGCUAUAAGAUCCGUCAGGGGAGUCCUAUGAGACAAGUAAUCACUAAGCUUUAG